GCGGCUAAAUGCAAACAUUUAAUUAGUCCGAUGUGUUGCUCCAAAGAGUUGAUCGUGCUUUUCGUUCAGUAAAAUAGAGUGUAAAUGAAAGCGAAUCGUGUUACGGGUUUCGGUGUUGUUUUCAUUGAAAAAAUAAAUAAAUAAUUGUAGGAGCACCAUUGGAAAAUCAAAAUGAAAAUACGUAAAAAUGUGCUGCCAAGACGAAUCGUCGACUGGCUUUGUUUCCUAUUGAUUGGAGUAUUUUUGCCAAUUGUCUUCAUUUUCGAAAUGAUCGUUGUGUUGCCGGCAUUCCAUGAGCCGGGAGGUUUUUGGCACACAUUCACCUUUACGAUUGCAAUGUUUCUGAUAUUCAACAUUAAGGGGAACUUCUUGGCCUGUCUGAUGAUUGAUACUAGCGUAGAUUUUGCUUCCUUGAAAACUCCACCAAAUGCCGAAUCUAUGGGAUGGCGCCAUUGCAAGAAAUGUGAUCGCUUAGCUCCUCCGCGCAGCUGGCACUGUUCGAUUUGUAAAUGUUGCAUUCUGAAGCGAGACCACCAUUGUCUCUUUGUGGGCUGUUGCGUGGGCCAUCGGAAUCAUCGCUACUUCAUGAUGUUCGUGGUAUUCCUGUUUAUUGGGGCCACAUAUGCUUUCGUUUAUAACUCACUGUUUUUGUGGGUGGUCAAUGCCCGGAUCUAUCGAAACUUCUUGUCACUUCUAAAAAUGACCUGUCCAUUGCUGAUGACAGUCAGUGGCUCCAUAUGGCAAAAUAUGUUUCUGGUCUUCUACAAUUUAAACAUACUAGCCGUAGUAUACAGUGUGGUACUAUUGUGGUAUCAUGGGCCUGGCCUCUUCCGAGGGGGAGUGUGCUAUGAAAAGGAUAAGAAUUUCCCUUAUGGCAAAUCCAGUUGGCGUCAGAAUUUCGAGACUGUGUUUGGAAAACGUAUGCAUCUGGUGUGGCUUUCGCCAUUGUUCCAAAGCGAAUUGCCUGACAAUGGCAUCGAUUGGCAGUUGCUGAAAAGUGCUAAAAAGACUGAUAAAUUAAGUAAAGAAAGGAAAAAAGGAGAAUAAACAAUAAAUUUUAACAAAAAUAUUUACAUGACUGUAAA